GUAUUUAAUUUUUGUGGUAAUAAAUACAUUUACCGUAAUUUUCAUCAAGCUCCGAUUAAAUAUUUAUUUUCCAUCUUAUUUUUAUAAGGAAACUGUAAAAUUUUAAUACUGUUAAUAUAAAGGAUUAAUAAUUAAAAGUAAUUAAGAAUUUAUUACGUAUUAUUGGUGAAACCAUUUGCAAUAUUUACAUUCUAUUUACCAAUCAGCAUCUGUUGUCGUUUCACCAGAAUUUUUUUUAGGGACUCUAUGUUACUGAUUAUUUACACUGGCAAAUUGUGCAACAUUUAUGACAUGUCUUUAUAAUUUUGUUAAACAAUUUGGAUGUACAACAGUAAUUUUGUAAAACAUUGAGCAAUGGCAACUUCAUCAAAUGAAAACAUAAACAAAAGACCUCGUGAUGAUGAGACAAUUCCAGUAUUAAUUAGAUUUGGAAUUGAAAAUCGACCUGUUCAGUAUAUUUAUAUACAUAAAAAUGAGUUUAAAAUUGGUAGAGGACUUGAUAAUGAUGAAAUUAUUCAGAACACAUGUGUAUCAAGAUCUCAUUGUAUUUUUAAAAAAAUAAAUGAUAAUGAAUGGACAUUAACAAAUCUUAGUUCAUCACCAUCUGGUAUUUUAGUGAAUGAUAAAAAAAUAGAAGAACCUCGUAUAUUAAAAGCAGGUGAUGUCAUUCAACUUUUACCAACACCAGAAUUAACAUUUACUGUUAAAUUUGGUUAUAGUGAUGAGUCUGAUAGCAAAAUGAUAAAAUUAAUGUCAAAUGAAUGCUUGAUGGAUACUGUUAAACAAAAACAAGAUUCAUUUAGUGCUCAUCAAGAUAUGGAAAUUAAAAAAAUGCAAGAACAAAUUGAAUUAAAAGAACAAGCACAAAAUUUAUUAAAAUCACGUUUAAAUGAACUUAUUAAAAAUCAUGAAGAAGUACAAGGUAAAUUUGAAGAAAAAAAUGAAGAAAUAAAAAAUUUACAAAAUCAAAUACAAGCAGGAAAUAAUCAACAAAAUGAAAUAAAAACAAAUUUAACAAAUCUGUUAUUAAGAUUAGAUGAAGAAAGACAACAAUUUGAAAAAACAUUAACAGCUGAAAAAAAAAAAUGGCAAGAUGAAGUUAAUAUGACUAAACAAGAAAAAGAACAGCUUGAAAAAAAAAUGGAACAACAAAUGAAUUUAUGGAAAGAACAACAAUUAGCAGCAUUAGCUAAAGAUAAAGAUGCAUUACAAUUAAAAUUAAAUCAAACUGAAAAUGCAUUUAAAGAACAACAAGCACUUGCUGAAAAAUUACAAGUAUCAUUACAAAAUCAACAAGUUGUAAUGGAUAGUCUUGCUCCAAUAAUUUUAGUUGAUAAUGAUGGUAGUGAGCAAACAAUUGAAAUAUUAGAAACAAUAGAUUUGACAAAUGAUGAUGAUAAAAAUUUAUCUUGUAAUAAAGAAAAAAAAGAUAAGAUGACUAAAGCAAUGGAUGAACAAUUUACAUGUAGUAUUUGUUCUGAACUUUUUUAUAAAGCAACAACAGUCAAUUGUUCACAUACAUUUUGUCAAUAUUGUAUUAAUGAAUGGAGAAAACGUAGUCGUGAAUGUCCAAUAUGUCGUACAAUUGUAACAUCAAUGAACAGAGCACUUGUACUUGAUAAUUUUAUUGAUGAAGCUGUUGUUAAUUUAUCACCAGCUGAUCAAGAAAGAAGAAAUCAACUUAUCAGAGAACGUUAUAGUCCUGAAAAACCAGUUAAUUUGAAAAAUGGCAGAAUGAAAGUUGCCAAACGUCGAUAGAUACAUGGUAGUAUUACUUUUGAUAAGAAAUACCAAAACUAUUACCUCAAACGAAAGACUAUUUACUUUUAGAUACUUGUAAGUUUAUUUUUGUUAUAAAAAAUUAAUUUUUAUUCAACAAUAUUAUGGUAUAACUUAAACAACACUCAAUAAUGUUUAAAAAAAAAAAAUUUUCAUCGAAAAAACUCUCAAAGAAUCUUAUUAACCAUAAGAUUUUUAUAAUUAUAUUAUUUUUCUUUUUCUUUUUGUGUUUAAAUAAAUAAAUAAAUUUUGUUUAAAAUACAAAUUUAAUAACAUUUUUUUUUGUCUUUUAAUAAUUUUAUUAUUAUCGUCAUAUUAAAAUGUACUUUUUGUCUUUGAAAUAAUUUAUCAUCAUGUUGUCUUUAAUUAUUGACAUUAAAAAAAUUUAAUAAAAUUAAUUUUAAAAAUAAUUUAAUAUUUGUAAAUAUGAUGAUAAAAAAAAAUAUUAAUUUUUCUGUAGAAGGCUGUAUUUUUUUUUUUUUUUUUUUCAAAUAUUUAUGUUUUUUAAUAAGAUUAAAUAAUAUUUAAUCUUGAAGAUUAACAGACAUGACAAUUUCAAGCUGAGUCUACAAAAUAUUUUUUUAUAAAUUUUAUUUUCAUUAUAUUUUUGCGUUUAAAAUUAAUAAAAUUAUUGAUUUGUUUAUAUUUAUAUUUAAAAGGAAAAAAUAUAAAAUAUAUUUCAA